CUCCGCAUUAAACCCUAGUACCCGGCAUCCGCCGCCGUCGCAUAUAACCUCUCCCGCUAAUACCUUUCUCACACUUAACGAAACUCCGGCGGCGGCGGCGGCGAGCUCGCGACCUGAAGCACAAGGAGAAGGCGCCUCGAUCCCUCGUCGCCUCGGUCCACCAUGUCGAAGAGGAAAACCAGGGAGCCUAAGGAGGAGAAUGUUACUCUUGGACCUGCUGUCCGUGAAGGGGAGCAUGUCUUCGGAGUUGCUCAUGUCUUUGCAUCAUUCAAUGACACAUUCAUCCACGUCACUGACUUGUCCGGGAGAGAGACCCUUGUUCGUAUCACUGGUGGAAUGAAGGUCAAGGCUGAUCGUGACGAGUCAUCACCAUAUGCAGCUAUGCUCGCUUCUCAAGAUGUGGCGACACGUUGCAAGGAGCUCGGCAUCACUGCUUUGCACAUUAAGCUCCGUGCCACUGGAGGCAACAAGACCAAGACUCCUGGACCUGGUGCUCAAUCCGCUCUCAGGGCACUCGCUCGUUCUGGCAUGAAAAUUGGACGCAUUGAGGACGUGACCCCCGUUCCCACUGACAGCACCCGCAGAAAGGGUGGUAGGAGAGGAAGGAGGCUGUAGACGCCUCUUUUUCAUCGUCUCUCAUGGCCGUGAUCGAGAAUUCGGUGUUCGAAUAGCCUUAUAGAUCCUAUGUAGUUGCCGAUCAGUUUACUCCAAGUUCGGAUUUGUUUACUGUCAGUUUCAGAGCUGUGCUUCGCUUCAGAACAUCUCUGAUCGUGUAUUUAUGCAAAAAUAUUCUAGUCCGAACAUGCCUUAUUAUGGUUUCUGAUAAUAUGGUUGGCUCUUAUUAGUAAUA